AUCUUUUUCAUAUUACGGUUGUUUAAUGGUUUGCUUCUUAUCGUUUGGUUUGAGUGUAAACCCUCUGAGACACAAAGAGUCUUCUAUAGAACCGAAGACCCACACCCAGCCGCGUCACUCUGCGCCGUGAAAUUGAACUACGGCGAAAACAAAAAAGAAGGGUUUUUUUUUUUUUUCUGCGUUUCCUUUCUUCGCCGUAGAUUUUUGAAACCUAGAGUGAGUUGCUUGUGUGAUUUGAUUAAUUCAACUAUGGCUGCACCAAACGUUCGUAGUAGUGGAAGCAGCAGCUUCUCUCGCAACAUAUCAGUUGUGUCAUCACCUCAGAUACCUGGUCUCAAAUGCGGUCCUAAUGGCACAACCUUUAUUUCUACCGGGAUUCGUGAUCUUGACAGGAUACUAGGUGGUGGUUAUCCUUUAGGGAGCUUAGUAAUGGUGAUGGAAGAUCCUGAAGCACCGCAUCAUAUGGAUCUUUUAAGAACUUUUAUGUCUCAGGGUCUUGUUAACAACCAACCACUUCUUUAUGCUAGUCCUUCUAAAGAUCCCAGAGGCUUUCUUGGUACUUUGCCUCAUCCUGCAUCAUCUAAAGAGGAUAAUAAGCCUACUGUGCCUGACCCUGAUCAGGGAGAGAGUUUGAGGAUUGCUUGGCAGUAUCGGAAGUAUUUGGAAAACCAGAAGAGUUCUAUUGAUGAUUACUCCAAUGACUUUGAUAUGAGAAAGCCCUUGGAGAGGCAAUAUCUUAGCGGACGGCCAAUAGAUUGUGUCAGUCUGUUAGACUCUUCGGAUCUUUCCGUUGCUCAGGACCACUGUGCUACGUUUUUAUCAAAAUUUCCAAGAAACAGUAGUAACAUCGCAUCCAUUGGCCGCAUUGCAAUCCAGUCAUUCUGCUCUCCCCUGUGUGAGUAUUCUGAAAAGGAAACAGACAUGCUUUCGUUUGUAAGAUUGUUGAAAAGUAUGUUGAUGGUUUCAAAUGCGGUAGCCAUUGUCACUUUCCCGCCUUCCCUGCUCUCCCCUUCUUCCUCAAAAAGACUGCAGCACAUGGCGGAUACCUUACUCUCUAUCAAAGCCAUCCCAGAUGGUGACAAGGAAUUGGAGAGACUUCUCACUGGUUACAAGGACAUAAAUGGAUUCCUCAACAUACACAAGGUUGCUCGUAUCAAUACACAGGUACCUGUAAUUCUUGAGGCAAAAACGUUCUCAAUGAGCUUGAAGAAGAGAAGGUUCUUGGCUCUAGAGUGUCUGAAUCAAGCCCCUGUAGACGGGUCCAGUGGAACAUCGUACGGCACAACCGGGAGCUGCUCAGGAUCAUCCAAAUCCGGAGCACUUGAUUUUUGAGUUGCUGAGUUAGUGAUUCUUUACUUCUUCUUUAGGCUUUUGUUUGAGUUCUCUGAUUUCACUCAGGGACUAAGCAACUACAUUAGAGUGUUUGGUCUUUAAAACAGUUUUUUGACCUUGUCUUUAAUAGAAAUCAAAGUGUUCUGUUGAAAAAAAAAAAGAGAUAGAAAUCAACGUGGUCUUCUUCUAUGCCAA